AUGCCGGACUGGAUUGAAGAGAAGAUUGCAGCGGAAGAUAAGGCCAAUGAGGCGUCAUCGAACGAGAAACAACGCGAAGCGUCGCCUCCGCCGCUUUACGGAGCCACGCCGACAGAAGCGUCGACUUCGAGCAUCUCACCAUCAAACCUACAAUUCCCGGUCCCAUCAGUGAGAAACGCAGCAGCACCCGCAACGACUUUUGCUCCUCCUCCCGGACCACCACCUGGAUUUGCUGCGCCAAACUACGAGCCCUUCGACUUUCGCGCGGCGUGGUGCGCACAUCAGCCAAAUGGGAAAGCUGAAUACUCUGCACCGAACUGGCACAAAGUGCCCACUUACGAAGUUCACAUGCACCGAGACUUGAUUGAAUUUCAGGUGCCACCUCCUCCACCUCGUAGCGUGCCUUGCUCGUGUCCGGCCCAAGGUGACUUGAGUAGGUGCGGCUGCGGCCGGACCAUGGACCCGCUGUAUCGAUGUGAACCUCGGGACAACAAAGGCGGCAGAAGCUUCACGCUUUCUACUGCCAACGAGAAUCCUGACUUGCCAUACGAUGCGAGUCUCAUUGCUAGUAAAUCGCUGCUUGGCAGCAAGUUAGAAGUCAAGGCCUCCAACGGGGAGAAGACGGGAGUAGUCAUCAGAACCAAGCAAGCGCAGUCUGCAGUGACGUUCAACGAGUGAGCGCCGCGUGUCGGCAGGUCCUCCAUCUGUUUGGUUCUAAUCUCGCACGAUCGCUCUCCCUAAACACAAUUCCAAAUGCACAGCCACGAAGGUCGAGAUCUCGAAUGGGUCUCGCUGCCGGCAAGGCACGAAUUGAUUCGGAAGCAAGAUCAAGCCUUGAUUGCCGUGUUGCACGGUGCGGAUGCUCCUGGCCAAGACGCGUCGCCAUCACGCCGCACCACCGCCAAGCUAGAGUUGACGGCUUUUGCUUGGUCGAGGAUGCCGCAAGAUGGCUUGUAUUGCGAUGUGGACGGUUGUCCCUUGAAUCCCAUCUUUGGAUUCGUCUUUCGAUGUCAGAGUGUGAGUUGUACUCGCCAAUGCUCCCACGCCACUAUAGCAGCGCUGACCGUUGCUUUGGCUCGGACCGGCAAGCAGUGCUCGGACGCCAAUCUGGCUGUGGACGACACCUUCGACGUGUGCGAGGCGCAUUUGCGACAAGCCGCCAGCGAACACAAUCCAAACCAGUGAGUCAUAUUGAGUAUCGUUUGAUGGCCAACAAGCGCCGAGCUGAGCCUUCGGUCAACCUGAUCCUCACACCGCUUACUGCUACACGCCCGCCUCAGUCGAUUUGUGCGCAUUCCGCGGAUCUAUGCGCCUCCAGACUCGGAGGAUGAGCCUCUGCUGUCACUCGAUCAGCUCCUUGCUGAGCGCAAGCAACUCGAGGUCGUGCUGCUGACUUUGGGUGUGGCGCUCUUGCAAAAGUUCUGA